CGUACAACCCACAUUCCUACUUCUGUAAAAAUAAUCUUCGCUUGAAUGAUUUUCUGAAUGCUAAAGUACAGCAAGCAAUUCUUUCUAAAACGCAUUUUGUUGUCAAACAAGUACCUAAUUGCAUAUCUUUUAAACUUUUCUAAAAUAACUUUUCCAAAAUCUAUUAACAAAAGUCUUGAAUGUAUAUUUGAGAGAGGUUUCUGAUGUUAGUUAAAUUAAAACAAUUCAAAUUGUUAGUAAAUUACUGUAUAAUUUGAUACUUAAUAAUCGCUAAUUGCCGUUUAAAACUAUAACCCGCUUGAAUAAAACGAUCACUACAUCAUAAACCUCGAUAUGAAAUUCGAAAACGCUGUAAAAAAUUAGUGCUAACUGUAUGCAAAUUGUUCCUAUUAGCAUCUAUUUCUAUUCUAUUUAUAUCGCAUUAUUAAUUGUAUGUUUUUUCUUUCUCUUUCAUUUUAAUCCUGUGGGUCGUGGAACAACUCAAAUGGACUUUGUAAAAUAUAACGCUCCUCCGACAUCCUACCCACUUGACGCUGACCAUGACUUGACAGCAGACUUGACCGUCCUCCUAGUUAACCAGAAGAGGAAUGACUAUAACACGAAGAUCGGAAGGUACCACAGCGUGAAACCACUCAUCGGCCUGUUGACGUCAACGGCGCGGACUUUUAUCCAGGAUGGUGUCACCACGGAGUACGCCACCCAGAUCCUGGGCACCACUUUAGAUAAUGGCCGCAUUUACGCCCAACUCCUAACGAAGUCUUCUCUCGUACUUUACAAUAAGCCGACAAAUGUAGAAGACCCUGUUAUUGUUCAGCCCACUCGAGCGCAUUCCGUUUUCGAUGGCGAAUGGAACGUCAAGCAAGAUCUAGGCUUCAUUGAUCCCGAAAAGUUCAUUCUUAAAAAUACUGAUUAUUUAGCUCCUAGCAGCAAAAUGGAAAUAGUUUACCCUAGUAAACCAGCUACUGAGAGUUUUAAGUUCUGGAGUCCAUCUGCUCCUGACAGUCCAACUGAAAAUCAAAUCUUUGAGGAACCUGUUGGACGCCGAGUACAGCCUUACAAAGAAAUACCUCGGUACGUUCAAAAUGAGGCUUUGAACUUCCUUGACGGUCCAUCCAUCGAUAACGACAAAAAGUUCGAUUUUAUUGUAGAGCCAUCCAUAGUAAAUAAUGUUAAUACCGUAAAUAGACAGAGCAAGGCAUACGAACCGCCUGCAGAACCGAUACAAGUGGAACAACGUCCUAAAGUAGAGGUUUUAGAUGAAACAAAUGUAGUUAAGGUUAAACCUAAUUACGAUUUACCGACAUUUACUAUAAAGAACGAAUUCUCGCCGAUAUUUUAUUAUAUUGAUAAUGUCGAGUCACGUCGGCCUCAGCAGCAGGCGGCGCAGCAAACGAAACUGCCCAAAAAGCUAUUUGGGCAAAAAAGCGAACCUAGAGCUAAGAAAACAUUUACUUACGCCGGCUUUGCUGACUUCACGACUGUAGUUGGUGAUACCGUCAUUAUAUUUACCCCUAACACUGAGACUAGCCGACCCCAAAACCCUGACGAAGUUAACGUUUUCCCUUCUGCCAACCGAAUUGACAAAUUGUCUACCAAAAUAACUUUCCUUGCCGCCGACAUUCCUGUUGCUUCCUCUACGUACAAGGCUCACGAAGCUCCAACUCCAACCAGAAUAACUGGUCCUGCCGUAGUUGACGAAAAUAGGUCCGAAAAAGCUUUAUUCAAUGACGAAGAAAGUUUGAAAAAGGUUCUCUAUGAAGUUGACGAUAAGUUACCUGAUUCUAUAAACGUUCAAUACAACAAUGGGUUCGACUUUAAUUUAGAUGUGAUCCAACCUUCAGAAUCUCCUGUAGUAACAACAGAAAGCACUCGUACCACGGAUGACUUGGGCGUUAUACCGAUUCCCGAAUAUUCACAAGCAACUGAACCUCUAGAGACAUUGUCUCCAUCAUCUACAAUCCUCGAAGCACCUAAAGAAUCUGCUGUCACAGAAAGUGAUAUGACUGAAUUAUUUACUAAUUCCGAAGAAGAAUCUGAAAACACUGCUGCCGAAGUAACUGAAAAAUCUGAAGAAGAAGAAGAGGAAGAAUUUACGACCGAAAUGCCAGCAGACUUUAUGACAACCACAGAAAGUGGUCACAGUGAAGAGUCAUCUGAAGAAUUGGAGACAACAACUGAAUCUAAAUUCAUACCUGACACACAGGAAGAAACAAACGAGGACACUCAGGAAGACGUAGUCUGUACUGAAGGCUUCGAAACGCAAUCUACUAUGACUACAGCUUACAAGACUUUGACUUACUUAACAACAUAUUUCAUUCCUUUAGAGAGCACGGAAACAACUACAUCUAUUAAAUCUGACGUGGUCGUUGAAAGCAAUGUAGGUUACUUAACCAAUGUUGUAUGUAGAACUAAUAUGGACAUUGAACCCACGGCAGUUGUCAACGUCGAUGUUAAUUACUCAGUUGAAACUAAACUAAAGCUUCCAGAACCUAUUACUGAAGAACCUUAUAGACCUCCUGUGGAGCCAGAACCAACAACAGAAGCUCCUAAAACAACACCACAGCAACAAGAGGAAGCACAGACUACUACUCGCGAAGAACAAAAUACUAGUACAGCUGAGCAAAGCAGUGAAGAAGCGGUCGAAGAAUCUGUUGAAGAGAAGGAACCUACAACAACAACAACAACGACAACCACUGAGAGAAUUACGACCAGUGAGCACGUAGAAAUGUCUAUAAGUACCGAACACACGACCACUACUACAGAAAAGCCAACAACAGUUCAAGAAGAAGAAGACCAAGAAAACGAAAUUGACGUCAUUUACAAAACACUUUACACAACUUAUACUUAUCUAACUACAUUCUUCGGAGACCAAACCUCGAGCGUCGCCAGUCAUAAAUCGGUUGUCACUAAUAUCAUUACUACAACGAUUGAUCUGUCGAAACUAGAUCCAACAUUAUUAGGUGCCUUUAACGAGGAUGAGAUUGCGCCAACUAGCGUGGGUAUUGGUCGUCCUACAGAAUCAUUUGCGAUUAAUAGCAUCAUUGAUCUUGUUAAGAAUAAAGACGUAAUUGAGUCUGUAGAGGUUGAUGACAUUUACAGUUCUCAGACACCCACUCCAUCAUUAGGCGAAGAUGUUGUAGCGAGCAUUAAGCCCGAUGCUGUAAAAACUUAUUACACAACUUACACUUUCUUUACGACCAUCUACGUUGGUACAGAUGCUAAUGUGUGCAGUAGAAAUGAGGUUUAUACUAAUUACGUGGGACCUGACGAAUUGAUUCCCACAAAAGCUAAUCCAUUGGCCGCUGAGAGUACAAGAGCUCAAUUUGACUUCAGAAAUUGCAAACAAAUCAAAAUGGAACAGCCCGCUAAUCAAGAAGAUACCGCUUCUAUGGAAAAGAGCGUGAGUAUGGAACAAAGUAAUGAACGUGGAGAGACAAAAUCAGACGUUACUCCUGAUCCAUCACCAAUUGAAGUUGAUAUGUUAUUCAGUGUUGAAUCGAAUCCUCUAGAAUCUGAAAACUCUUUUGUCACCGAUGUAAAAUCAUCAUCUUCCAAAGGCGAAAGGAAGUUCUUGGAUAAUAACAACAUCAUAUUGGAUGACCAAAUAAGUUCGGAAAGUAAUAUCGAAGAGAUUUUACCAUCACCUACUCUCUUACUUCAGACAAGUUAUACAACUUUCACUUACUUCACCACCAUGUAUAUUGGUAAGGACUCUAGCAAAGUUAAAAGCCGAUUAGAAACUAUUACCAACGUAGUUACUGAAACUAUAAUGCCUAACAAGGAACCUGAAGAAGAAAGCCUGCCAAUUACUUAUUACACAACGUUUACCUAUUGGACUACUCUUUACAAAGACAAGUCAACGACAAUCACAAGCCGCGAAGAAAUAGUAUCAAACGUAAUAACACCUGUAGCACAGCCUGUUGCUACGAUCAGUCCCAUUGAUACCACGCCAAUUGAUGUAGAAAGUGUGUUACCUCCCAAAGAUCUCGAAGUUGAACUCAAGCCAUCACUAGUCACAGAUAGUCUUGAACCAGAUGAUGGUAAAGCCACGUUCUAUACGACUUACACAUAUUUCACAACCUUCUACGCAGGUAACACAUCUCAGAUCAGGAGUAGCUUGGAGACAGUGACAAAUAUUAUUGACAACACCAAAUUGGUCGAAGACAAUCAACUUGGAAGAAAAGUGCCCGUCGGACCAGCAGAUCAGAAUUUGAUUCAGGAUAAUGGUGAGAAACCACAUAUCACACCGACCGUGGUCAAGGAGGCGAUCGUUCCUACUAAAUUGCCUGAUGCUUCUUCCAUACCAUCUACUGUUCUACUCGGCACCUACAUUGAUAACUUAUUUGCUGAAGUGAAACCAGAAGAAAAGCCGAGUACACCAGCUCCAGAGAAAAAGAUAAUAUUCUCUCAAGUAGCUGUCAUAUCGGGUGACUCGACUGUUGUAACAAACGACAAUAAAACACUUGCUGUUGACUCUGGCUCGACUAGCAGUAGUACUAGUACAACAACGACGGAAAGUUCAAUUAUAAGCCCUACACCCGAAGUGAUUGAAAGUUCUGUUGCGGAAGCACCAGAGCCUGCAUCAGAAAAUGUACAGGAAUCGGAAGAAGAGGAAGACGAUAGUGUAAAUACAAGAAAGAAAUCCCGUCUUACAUUCACACCGAAAAAGCCUUCGACUACACCAGUGAUUAUACCAUUUGCUUCUCGGAAUAGACCAACAUUUAUACCUAAACGAGUACCACUAUCUGGUGGCGCUACAACAAUUACUCGUGCUGACUUCACACCUCCAGUAAUAACUGCUACUCCAAGCUUAAAAUCUGUUAAACCAUCAGGAUAUAGUGGCAACAGGAAACAACCAGCUAGCCCAGGUUCUGCAAGUGCUGGAAAGAGGUUCCCUGGUCGUAGUAGUGUCAAUAACCCAUCAGCUAAUGCGCCAGCAGCAUCUAGGCCAGGAGGUUUUAAUCAAAGAGGCAGUAUUCAACCUACUUCAAGGAGAACUGGUUUCAGGUCGAGUUCAGCUCGAGGUAACAGUUUAGAUUACAUCAGUAGAUCUGCGGUUCCAAGGGUCAGACCGACAGCAUCGUCAAGACUUCCCGGUUUUAGUGUCAAACCCUCUAAUACCGUACCGUAUUCACUUUCUGACCAGAAUGAGGAAACUUUUGAAACAAACCCUGACGAAAGCGCAACUGAAGCUCUGGACAGGAUUACAGAAAGUCCUGCAAGAACAACGAACAAUCCCCUUUCUAGAUUCAGAAGGCCACCUAUUGCCAGACAACCAGGAACCGCUAUUACUCCAAGGUCUACAACAGCUUCUUCGAGACGCGCUGUCACACCUCGUGGUAGACUAACAACUACAACUAAACGGUCAACAACUAGAUCUACAUCUAACCCACUGCUGUCACUGAGAAGACAGAGACCAAAUGCUCUGUUCCCAAGAAGAAACUUGUUCAAGCAACCUGACCCAGAACCAGAAGAAGAAAUUAAAGAAGACGAACAGAAAGUAGAAGACAGCGAAGAACUUUUGGAAGAAGAGGACUUUGAAGAAGAUAAUGAUUAUGACUCAUCAGACAGAAAAGAACGUCAGGUAGCACAGCCAUCCACCUCUCCUCCGAAAAGGAACAUAGUACAAAUAAGGCCAUUUGCUUUUAGGAGGCGUACCAAACGUCAAGUCGAUUAUGGUAGCAGAAAGUAUUCUAAUUUCAGACGACCAGGCACUAAGUCUUCCACAACACGGCGUCCCGAACCCGAAACCGAAGAACCAACAACUCAGAAAGUAAGACCUGGAAAUCGUUACAAUGGUCGCACUUCCAAUACGCGAACAACAACUGCAACAUCCGCUAAAUCUGGAGCAAGGCAACCGUUUAUUGUGCGUGGAGAAAGUCGAACAACAACUACUACAUCAUCGCCAGCUUACAGAAGAGGAAAGUCUUCGCGGCCGUCGUCUAGGACAACCACAUCUGCAUCCAGACCAAAGUCCCCAAGACUUAAGAAUUCGUCAGGUGCUAGGACAAGCACUUCUCGAAGCUCAGGAGGACGAUCACGAACGCGCACAACUACAAGCAGAGCUAACAGCAGGCAAAGGAGUUCCUUCGAGAACUUCAGUGGCGAACGGUUUAAUGCCAACAACAUUUUGAACGAUGGAAAGAUUACCAUCACACACCAAAUACCCACAGAAGUGACAGUGCCAAUUGUGAACGGCAAAAUCACUGAAUACAAAAACUUGCUAUCGGCAACAUCUAGAAUUGAAACUCUCUUGCUGAACCAGGUAUCAACUUCAAUCGGACCUCUGGGUAAUCAACAACUUGUUUUGGCUGCUGAGUCUACAGAACUCGGUGACAAUGGAGCUACCAAAAUUAUUAAAUAUGUUUUACACGAUACUCCCACAACAACGGUCAUCUUUACACCCACUACUAUUCGAGGACGUAAAACGUCUUUCUCUCACGUGAUCCCAAGUACAGUUUACAAUGUAGAGGCAGUAACGCAGACAAUAGCACCCGAAAUCAACUCGAACGUACCAUUAGCAAAUCUGUUGCUGUCACAGUUAUUGCUAGGUAAUCAACAACCUCAGAUAAACCCACUCCUGGCUUUGCAAGGACAGGGACUACUUCCCCAACAACCAAUAGUACAAACUCCAGUAACUGAAUACAAAACUCGCACUACUACCUACGUAACAACGGUUACUGAUGCUAGGGAAACAGUUUUACCUAUCACAUUUAAGGGCAAAGCUAUUUUGACUACUAUUGUUGAUCCUACUACUAAUGUUAUAACGGCAACUGAAUUCCUAACUGAGACUAUUGUCACCACUCCCACUGCCUUAGGUCCUCCACCUCAGUUCAACUCUUUAUUGCUACCGCUUCUUCUUCAACAACAGCAGCAGCAACAGCAACCAAGCUUUAAUUUACAAACUGCAAAUCCGUUGCUAGGUUUAAGUCAAGCGGAUCUUGCCGGUUUGGCUGGAGGUCUGAAUCUAAACAAUCUCAACGGUCCUUCAACUCCAAACCUGCAAAACAAUUUGAAUAAUGAUAUCUUCUCUAACAGUCCCAAACCAAACAUUCUUUCUGACUUAAAUAGUAACGAAGACUUCUCAGAAGAUGCCAUAGAUGCGGAGGAUGAUGCACCACCACCACCUCCCCCACCCACUCGUUCUAGAAAAACUAGACCAAAACAUGCACCUGCCCCAGUGGCUCCUCCCAAACAGACCAGUGUUGUGACUCUGUACGUAUCAGGCAGACAUCCUGGUGAAUUCAGCACAGUUCUCUCGACAGUAGUUGCGGACGACACGCAAUCUGUCAGAAAACGUGAAGCCAUAUAUUAUGACAAUGUUCAAGUUACGCCAUCAAUACUGCCAACGGUCAGUGAACUAACGGGCUCUUAUGUAGAUAGUGACAAUGUUUCGGAAACACAGAAGUACUUAAAUAACGGCUCAGGUGAGAACCUGGUUGAAACGCAGAGUCUUGAGAGUAUAGUAGGAGAAGUAAGCAAGCAUAUUAGAUAUGACGCGUCACCAACUUACGUCGUGAGGGUAGCGAGCCCGUCGGCUACUAGAGACCUGAGGCAAAGUUCAAUUGACGAUGUCUCACGACUGGACAGCACCAGAAUCUCGAAGACCCGAAGGUUUCCCAUGACGGAUGGUUCCAUAUCCACAUCCUGCAACAUCCAAAAUGGAGCUUUUAAUACAAAUGGUAUCGUUUAUGAUAAUUCACCAUGGAGACCGGGAAGAGACAUGGAUUUAGUUGAGAAAGAGUCUGAAGAAGAUGAAAGGAGACUAAAAAACUUGGCGACAAGGAUAAUGUCUAACGGCGUAGAAGUUUUGGUAAAAGACAAAAAUCCAGAAGAAAAGCAAGAGCAGACCAAAUACAUGGAAGUCAAGACCAUUCAACCGUCUGCUGCAACAAACAUGUUUAUGAGCAGUUACCCAAAGAUAGACAAACGGAUCGACAGUGAUGAAGACGAUAGCUUUGAGCUUAUCCAACCAUCAGAAGUCAGUAACCCACCUUGUACUAGUUCAUGCUCUUGUAGUCACACAAAAACAGAAGGUUUAAAAUCAAAAUACACUAAUAUGGACAUGUCUGGAUCUUCGACCAAAUAUGGUGUGAAGAUGACAAAAUACGGCGCAACAAAGUUAGACUUAAGACCAACGAACAAAGAUGCCAAUGAUAAGAAGACACAGUACGGGCCUUAUGAAUAUGAAACACAUUCUCACGUAGCUCCAACAGAUAAAGUCGUAGAAAAAUAUACUGAAGUAAGUGACUACUCAGAUGAAAAAGAUUCGAAUUCCGUUGAAGAAAGUGAACUGUUAACAAAUGAGCAAGCCCCAGCUCCACCAAAAAAUAAUAAAGUAACCACGAAGAAUCCCGAAAAAAUUAAGCCAGACAAACCCCAAAAACCUAACAAAAACAAAUUUGUUGUAGCUGACUUGCUAAAGUUAGGAACUCUGGGAAUUAAGGGUCUGACACAAUUGGCACCUGUUAUCGAGAAAAUGACUGGAGGCUUUAUUAAACGACAAGACACAGUACCAAAAAAUACAACUACUACUGUUCGACCUGCUGUCAAAUUGACUGCAUACAAUGCAAAUAAAAGGGUAGACAAUGAUUUAGAACCGAAACACAAUAAUUUUCCAAUAUACAUACCAGUUGACGAAUUAGAGACUUCUGAAUCUCAAUUGGUUUUUACUAAUGCUACAUUACACCAAAAUUUGGCGUGGGCGGCCGAACAUAAGCAACCUAAAGCCCACAUAGUGCCACCUAAAAUGGUACACGAAAGUCCUCUAGUUAAUGGUGGUAUACCAAUUAGUCCUGGUGAAAUAAUCACUGCGAACUCAGAUGUCAUUGUUGGAAAACCGGCAGUAGGUGGGCCAUUAACCUUAGCUGCAAGUGGAAUCAAGUUACAAAACUCAGUCAACCCACCUCCCAUUGACAGUUUCAUAGCCGCUAAUGAGCAAUAUUUAGUGCACGAGAAACCUCUCAGCGAUCAGCCGCAAGAUGAUGACUCUUUUGAUUUAAGACCACCUGAACCACCGAAACAAAAGUCUAAUGUAAACAGACCUAUGCAGAGACCAAUGCAAGCUCAUAAUCUUCAAAACUCAGGACCUAACGAUAAAUACCCCUAUCGAAUGCCUGCAAGCAUACACGACCAUUUAAUGAAGACAGAACACAUAAAGAAUACUGGUACUGUUUUAGGUAACCAUGGAAGACCAGCAUUUUUGGAUUAUAUUCCUUCUUUAGCUAAGCCUACAAAUCCUCCGAUGCAACAUCAUAUUGAUUACAAGCCCGUUAAUGAGGAUAACUCAGAUGAUAUACCAGAUAACAGUCCAAGUUCUUCUGAAGUAGUUAAUACAAAAAUAAGGACUGAAGAUAAUUUCCCAGUUAGUAGCAACACUGAAUCUAACAAACCUUUCUUAGUUGACAUACAACCUUCAAGGGUAGCGAAUGUUUUGAUACCCCACGGCAGCUCGACAGCAUUAGUAUUUGCGGGCUCAUCAGAACCUCAUAAAACCGGUGACUAUAUUGAUGAUCCUCUGCCUUACCCUGAACCAGGAUACUUUGGAAGCUUUAGUAUUGAUGCUCCACAAAUGACAAAUGUUCAUAAUGUAGCACCUAGUAAUAACAAACAAUAUGUGGGUAAACCAAACGUUCAUCCUCCUUCAGAAAACUACAAACCUAAUGUACCGCAAUAUCAAGAACCAUCAAUUCGAAAUGAAGUUAAAAUGAAAUGGAAGGAUAAUAAACGACCUUUUGACUACAACAAAUUACCUCCACCAACAAGUAAUCAAGAAACUCAUGUCCAAGUUGGUCCUCAAAUAACGGUUUAUGAUCCCGAAGUUUACAGUCCUACGAAUGGUGAAUUCGAUGAAUAUAAUCAAGUAAAAGGAAAAGAUAAACAGAAGAAUGGAAAGGAAAUCAUUGACAAAGAAUACGAAAACUACUUAGCAGUACCCCCUCCACCUCAAUCAAAUAAACCGCAAUAUUAUAAUAAGGAUAUCUAUGAUAAUUCAAAGCCAUACAGUCAUAGACCCAUUGUUCAUACAAAACCAGUACAAGACAUGAAGGUGUUUUUGAAUAUACAGCAUCCCGUACCUGAACAACUGCCGCCUAAAGUAACGUCAGAAAUAUAUUUCGCAGCCCAGAUGCCAAAUAGUAAACCCACUCCUACAUAUACCAUUCGAAUGCCACCGUCACCACCACCAUACAAUAAUUACCACAAACAUUCAAACAAUCAACAGCCACAAAAUGGUCCAAACAACAAUAAUAUGGGUCCAGCACAUCAACAACCUUUCUCUGUUGUAUCUUCUCCAAACAUAAGUAAUAAAUCCUUUGUGCCGAUAGGAAGUAACGAGAAAGAUAAUACAUACACUGUAACAUUAAAUACGGCUACCAAUGUUGCUGGCAAUGCUGAAUCUGGGCAAGUUGUCGGAUCUAGUGUUGCUGUGCCAGUUGGGACUUCAACUCAUGAUGGCCAGUUAAACACAGAUAUACCUAUAGGGACUAAUUUUGCUAUCAGAGUUGAAGACAAUAAUUCCCCUCCUGAAACCUAUAAUUUACAAGGCAAUGUUAAUUCACCAACAAUUUAUGAUGACAAAGCUCGAGAGCCACAAGUAACUGUCGGAGAUAACAGAUGGAACAAAAGCUCAACUGAUACAUCUGAGGCUACUAUAAUCGGAAAUAACUAUUUCAACCAAAAUUAUGUCCGUAAACCACAAAAUUAUGGUGAUAGAGUAACUACUACAGAAACACGCAUUCCAUCGAUGCCACCAUCUUUAAAUAGUCAUGCUAAUUUCCCGAUGAUAAAUGAUCAUUCCACACCGUCAAGGGGAAAUGAACCCGUUAAACCAGUCACUGAAUAUACCGAUAACAUAGAGUCCAGUAAUGUAACACCAACGAAUUUGUUACCUAACGUACCUACAAACUCUCAUGGCUGGUAUUCUAGUGUGCUAAAGGAAAACAACAUCAAUAACAUUAAACUAGAAGAUACAACUCGCAAAAUCAUUCCUUUGAUUCAUAACUAUAACGAUAAAAACAAUGCACCGAGUUUCGGACAGAAAAUUUCAAGUGUUGGCAAACCUCCUUCUGACUUUUGGUCACAAAAUGGACCGACCGUUUCUGGCUUCACCGUAGGCAAACCUUUUACAAAACCUCAAUCAACAGAGAAACCAUUUUCUACAAACACACCGUUUACAACGAAGCCUUUCAAUAUUAAUUACAUUCCAUCUAAUUUAGGUACCAUGAAACAACCUACAUACAAUAUACCCAUUAGAGAUAAUAGUGACGAAACUACUACAGCCAAGACAACUACAGAAGAAAUAAAACCAGUAUAUGAAAGCCCUGAUGUGAUUUAUGAUGGUAAAGAAGAAGAAGAGAAUCCUGGUGAAAUAGAUGGUGAAGUCAGUUCUGAAUCUAUGAAAGUGCCUGUCGUGAGUUCUUCAAAUGAAGUGGCUUAUACACCCAAAACUUCAACUGACAUAACUUUAUUAAAGCAUGAAGUAUUUAAUCCUCCUAAGAAUAAAGAAGAUCAAAGCAACAAAGUGCUUUUUAAUUUCAACCCUGGAACCCAAACCGAAAAACCGUUUGGUGCUUACAACAAAACCACCUUCCAGUCUAAUACUAUAAAGCCAAUCUACGAAAACCAUCCUUACAACAAACCAAGGCCAUUCACAAUUAAUACCGCAAUAGUUCUUGAUCAUCAAUUGCAACAACCUCAUUGGCAGAUCAACCAUAUGAUGGAGAAUAAUACUAAUAUAGAUUUGAAUAUUGGGGAGGAAAUGGAUAAACCUGAGCCUACUAAAAAACCAGUUCCGUCACCAAAGCCCAUCUAUGUUGUAGAUCCCGACAUCAAAUACAAAAGACCUCCUAGACCAAUAUUCAUAAAUCAAUUUAAUAAUACACACGUUCAUAACGAAUCAAUUAUAACCUCAACAGUACAUAUUCAAGAUAAGAAGCCACUCAUUGUGGAAAAAGCCACAGAAAAAUCGAACUUACCUACAUUCACACUAUCUAACUUGGAAAUAAAUCGUUCAUCAAGUGAGAUCAUAGACCUGUCACCACCGCUACCGACUAUGGAUUACAAUUUCAAGCCUUCGACCAACGAUGAGACAAUUAUGGGUAUGAGUCCUCCACCACCAAGAACGCCGCCAGGUAUCAGGCUUCCAACCAGAGUGCCAUUGACUCCUCGCCCACCAGUUCCCGCUCGGACACCGCCGUCAUACAGAACACGACCAACAAGACCUACACCGCCAAGAAUUACUACCCACAAGCCAGUAAAAGUACCUGUUAACCGAGAUGAAGUUUCAACAUACAGACCUACCUACGAUAUUCUGAACAACAUAAGAAGACCGAUUCACAACCGAGAUCAGCCGUCCUCACAACUACUCCCUCCUUCAAGGAAGCCUAUUCCAUCAAGAGUUGUUAGUCCGAUUAAUGAACUACCAGCUCCCUCAGUCAGUGUCUCCGAAGUACCGAAUGUUGUCUUCCCAACUCCGAUUUCAUCGGGUUGGUUGACAUCAUCAGGCAUAGAUUUCUCAUCGAGCUUUAACUUUAACCCAACAUCAAUACUAUUCCCGGAUACACCAAAACCAUCAAGGGCUCCCGAUUCCACAGAAGUUUCCUCUUCCGAAUACGUUGAUUCUUAUGAGGCAUCAUCAGAACAUAUCGAUGAAGUCAGUUCAGAAAAAUCUGUUACAGAAGAUGGAGAUAUGGUAUCUAAAGAAUCAAGUACCGAAUCUACUACAACCACAAAGGUAACACCUAUUACUGAAGCAAAUGAUUCUCUACCUGACGCAAGUCAAGAAGAAACAACAACCGACAAAAAAGUUUUCUCACUUGGAAACAAGAACAGAACUCGAAAACCGUAUCCGGUACGUGUUGAUGAAAAGAAAACUACGACCAGCAAGUUCAAAAUACCUCCAAAACCAAAUACAAUUUUAAUUAAGCCUUCAAGAACUAUAACCCGUCCAGAAAUCUUGUACCCGAGCAGAGAUAUAUCUAUCAAGAAGAUUGUGCGACCAGUUACGAGAUUACCACCUACUGUUGUGCCCUCAAGCAUCAUUGAAAGCUCUGAGUCAUCACUUGAUGAAGACUUCAUCAAGCCAACUGAAGUUCUUAAGGAAAAUAUUGAACCUACUCUACCUAAAAUAGAGAUCAGUAGUAUGGUGAAACAGGAAGCAUCUAAUGUUCCUAUAGUUGAUAUUUCCUCUAGUGUUGCAACUCCCGUAUUAGAAGAAGUCAAUAAAAUAAAACCAACUCACCAUGCAGGCAAUGAAGUUAAAAUUUCCGAUGAAAUUGUACCUACUAAAACUGAAUUUAGAACAACUGUUGUUACUCUAACUAAGACUCUAUCAGAACCACCUAAAACAGUCUCAAGUAUUGGAUACGUAAACUUGACACACACAUUAACAGUAACACACACAAAGACAAGCCUUAUCAGCCAAUCAGAAGGUGCUGUUACACAAACACUUGUUUUAACGAACACGCACACAUCUACGAUAGUUGAUGUCGUGACUGAAGUUCAUACACAGGUACAGCCUACAACAAUCAUAGAGACAGUUACUAAACAUAUACCUAUUCCACAAGUUCAACCCACACCUGCUCAGGAGGUACCUGCAAAUACUAAAGUGCCACUUGAUGACUUAACAAUGUCAUCUGAAGAAAAUGAAAACCUGAUCAUCCGAGACUCAGAUACGACAGACAAUAUUAUACAGAAGAUUGAAAAUGAUACUGAACACGAAAACGAUAAUGAUACAUUCUUUGUUGUGAUGAAUAAAUCUCAGAAUGGUGGCCAGGCUCCUCCACUGCCUGUUAACACUGAUAUAGAAACUGGAGACUACGACAUCACAAGAAAUGAACAGGUCAAUAGUAAUGGAGUAUCUCAUGUUCUAUUUGGGGAAAUAUUGCUGGCUGGAUCACCAUAUUUAGAGACUACAAACGUUAACCCUAACGCAGGUGCAGGUUAUGGCAAAGAAUGUCGACCAGACUGUGAAGCUUCCAGGAACGAACGAUGCCAGAGAAUUGAUGGGAUUAUGAAAUGUGUCUGCAGACCUGGAUUUGCUAGGAUCUUCCCUGAUAGACCCUGUAAACCAACAUACACCUAUUCAGUCAAGCUAGCCCUUGGAGCACAAGGAAUCGAACGUUUAGAAUACAAUAACAACCUAGCAGACAACACCAGUAAAGAGUACCAAGCUUUAGCGGUGGCUACUCAUGAAGGUAUCACGAGGAUGGUAAUGCAAUCAGACCUUAGGGAUGUGUACCAUGGGGUCCAUAUCACGGCAUUCCAGCCAGUUGAGUUGAAGAGCCCUGAAGGAGAAAUGUAUCAAGGGGUCAUGUCUGAUUUCUACGUUCAGCUUUCAGACAAUGCUCAUGAAAGUCGUCUCAAGGAGGUGAUUGAGAAAUAUCUGAGAAAUCAUUAUUACAAUUUGGGAGGCACUAAGGUGUAUGCUGCGAGCGAGUUGAUGGAUAAACUUGAUGUUAGCGAUUUCGACGAGUGUGUCAGUGGCCAGUUCCACGACUGUUCGGAGCAUGCGCAGUGCUUCAACCUGCGCGGGACCUACACUUGCAGUUGUCUUGAAGGUUUUGCAGACCUCAGUGUCAACUCGUUGUAUCCUGGCAGAAUUUGUUCAGCUGAGUCGGUUGGUUGUGAGCGCUGCAACUACCACGGCGCCUGCUACUCGAGAGAUGACCGCAGAGUCCUAUGCGAAUGCUUCCAGUGGUACGCGGGCAGUGUCUGCCAGAUCAACCUGAAGGUGGUACUAAUCUCGCUGGUGGUAUGUGGUGCUCUCCUGACGGUGGUGCUGGCUGUGUGCGCGGUGCUGGCGUGUUCGCGACGGUCACGACGGGCGCCACGACCACAGCGCUCCAUUGUAGCCUGUAUCCAAGGCAUGCCGAGUUUGCAUCAGGGCGCCAUGCCUUCAAAGCAGAGAGCGGACAGACGCGCGUUGAUCAGCGAGCGAGGGGAGUCGGGUGACACCUCUAGCGUACAAAAUGCGUCUCUACCGUACAUGCCAGCUAAGAGACCAUCCACGAGUAACAAGAAGUGCGUGAUGUCGGAUCCCCCGCAGCACGAGGCGCCCCCGCCCCCCUCCUCCGCCGGACCUUCCGUCAUGAUCCCUCGCGCACGGCUGCACACGCAUCAUGGGGACAGUCGUGAAAAUAUUUCAAGAAAACGAAGUCUCGAAAUGAGCAGCGAAGCAAAACUGAUCAGUUACUUGGAAUCUGGAGCAACAAACACCAAUGAUGAGAUGAGACGCAAACAUAGCUUAGAAUCUUCGUACAGUGCCAACAAAGACAGACAUAAUAAGCAAGGAGCUUUAGUAUCAGCUGGUUUCAAAGUCUCGACUACAAUAAGGCCUGAUGAAGCAGCUAUGAAAGACGAUCGGGAUGAUAUGUCUUCAGUCAACAAGGGAGACCUAGAGGCUGAAUUAUCACGUUUCGAUACAUUGAGGAAAUCUUAUAGUCAAGAAGAUUUAUCUGAAUGGACAGACGCUGAAAGAAGAUUAGGGGAACUGACUCUGUCAGAAGCUAGAUCUGUUGGUGGAACUCUACCAGCCAGCACCGGGAGAGCAGCUUCAUCAACACGACUAACACACCAGGAGGCUAACACGAUGGCUGAGCGGGACCUUGGCUCCACCUUCCUUCUGCCGCACGUUCACCUCUACAAACCAGACCUUACAAGUGACGUGUCGGAGUUCGAUUCCCUGUGACGACAAUCAAGAUCAAGUCAUACAUUGAA